AUGCUCCUCUUUUCGUCCUUUUUCGCCGCGUUUCUAGCGGCAGAAACAAGUAGACCGAAUGUCAUUUUGAUUCUUGCCGAUGAUCUUGGCUUCAAUGAUAUGCCUUGGAAUAAUCCAGACAUUAUCGCCCCGAAUCUCCAUGCUCUCGCCAAAAACGGGACGAUUUUGAGCAAUUUUUACGUCCAACCAGUCUGCACUCCUUCGCGAUCUGCUCUGAUGACCUCCAGGUAUCCAAUUCGACUCGGUCUUCAGACAGAUGUGAUAACAGCACCGCAGCCUUCUUGUCUUCCGUUAGACGAAGAAACAAUCGGCAACGAGUUUCAAAAGGCCGGCUAUUCAACCCACAUAGCUCCGCAACCGUCGUGCCUCCCACUGGACGAGGUCACUUUCGGGGAUGAAAUGCGACUCGCUGGAUAUCACACACAUAUCGUGGGGAAGUGGCACCUCGGUCACUACUGUCCACAAUGUCUUCCAAAUAACCGAGGCUUCGACACUUUCCGUGGCUAUUUAACUGGCGCUGAGGAUUACUACAAGAAAACCUUUUGCAUUCCGCUGAUUCCGAGCCAACGGCCACCUGCUUGUGGCUUUGAUUUUUACGAUAAUGAAGAUCGAAUGCCCCAAGCGAAUGGAACGUAUUCAACUUAUCAGUUUUCUGAUGCUUCCCGCGAAGUGAUUAAGAAUCACCAAGGCUCAAAAAAUCCCUUCUUUCUGUACCUCCCUUUCCAGUCCGUACACUAUCCUGUCAUGGUUCCUAAAAACUACUCGGAUCUGUACCCCAACGAGAAGAACCACACGCGCAAGGAAUACAUGGGCAUGGUGACGGCGAUGGACGAAGCUGUUGGGCACAUCGUCGACGAACUCAAAUCAGUUGGAGCUUACGAAAAUACUUUGUUUUUCUACGCGACGGAUAAUGGAGGACUCGUCGGCGCUGGUGGUAGAAACGCGCCCUUCAGAGGGCAAAAAGCUACUCUUUGGCAAGGUGGAUUGAGAGUUCCUUCGUUUAUUACAGGCCCCGGAGUGCCCGCUGGAGCUGAUUAUAAGAACAUGAUGCACAUUGUCGACGUCCAAAUGACUUUGUUGGAAGCGAUUGGUCACCAACGAAGCGGGGAAAAGCAUGUUGAUGGAGUUUCUCACUGGUCGGCGAUUACGACUACCAGUUCAGAAGAAAGAGAAAGUUUCGAAUUACUGAGAAGAAAACGAGAAAAGACGUACUCGGAAGUAGAAGAGAGAAUUCAGAAGAAACUUACUGUCGCAAAGAAACCUAGAACAGAAAUUCUGCUAAACAUUGACCGGGAGUAUGAUCGAGGCUACUCUCCUGACCCGAUUAAUUUUACCCACUAUGAGAACCCAUUUUUCGAUACAAGCAUCCACGCAGCGAUUGUGAGCGAACUUGAUGGGGUCACAUGGAAAUUGUUGACUGGAGAUCCUGGUUGCGAACUUUACGAUUUUCCUUGCCACGCGGAUCACAAACUGCCGAAUCCCUUCCCCAGUGUUUGGCUUUUCAACUUGGAUACAGACCCCUACGAGAAAAACAAUAUCUUUGAAGAAAACAAAGACAUCGUCUGGAUGCUACUUGAAAAACUCGCGCAGUACGACGCUAAUUCUGUUCCAACUUAUUAUCCUGACAGAGACCCUGCAGCUGACCCGGCAGCCCAUGAUGGCUGGUGGGGUCCGUGGAAGGCUGGGCCAAAUAAUUGGCCACGAUAG